CCUCACAUAAUCAAAUAACACAAACAAAAUGUUUAGAUCACUACUCAGUACAGUUCUUCUCCUGGGCUCUCUCAAAUCCACCUUAGCCCAAUGUGACACUCCUAGUCCCACAACAGCAAGUGGCACCCACGCUCCAUCUGGUCCUUACUGCUCCGGGGAUCUCAUUUUUGAAGAUGAGUUUGACGAAUUUGACUUGAAAAAGUGGAGCCAUGAGCUAACUCUAGGAGGUGGCGGUAAUUGGGAAUUUGAAUGGUAUGCCAACAGCCGAUAUAACAGUUACGUUGAAGAUGGUCUUUUGUACCUGAAACCAACUUUGGUCGCUGAUGAAAUGGGGGAAGAGUUUUUAUCGUCUGGCCAUCUAGACAUCAACGGGGGUUCUCCGGCUGAUGAGUGCACUAAUCCUCAGUGGUAUGGAUGCGUGAGGGAUGGUACCCCAACCAAUUACCUCAACCCUAUUAAAAGUGCUCGUAUUCGCACUGUCAAUUCCUUUUCUUUCAAAUAUGGUAAAGCAGAAAUAAGAGCCAAAUUGCCAGCUGGUGAUUGGUUGUGGCCUGCGAUUUGGUUCUUACCUAGAUGGAAUCUUUACUCCGGUUGGCCUGUUUCUGGUGAAAUUGACUUAAUGGAAAGUCGAGGAAAUCGCAAUUUAGUCAACGGUUCCGGGGUCAAUAUCGGAACGCAAAUGGUCGGUUCGACACUGCAUUGGGGCCCUGCUUCAAAUUACAACAUGUACAGUCUCACACACACCGAGAAACUUGAUCCGAAUGGUUUUGACGCCGAUUGGCACAACUAUCAGUUAACGUGGGACGAAAAGAGUAUUUCUUUCGCUAUCGACAAUGAGCCUUUGGCCACAUUUGAGCCACCAGAAGGUGGUUUUUGGGAAUGGGGUAAUUUUGAUUCCACUGGUUUGGACAAUCCUUGGAAACAUAGCAAAUCCAAGUUGGCACCGUUUGAUCAAGAAUUUUACAUUAUCUUGAAUUUGGCGUGUGGAGGAACAGCUUAUUUCCCAGAUGAUGCAACUAAUCCUGGGGGUAAACCGUGGGCUAAUACGUCUCCAACGGCUUCUACGGAUUUCUGGAAGGGAAAGGAUCAGUGGUUGCCAACGUGGCAGCUGGAGACUGAUAAUGCAGCUUUAAAAAUUGACUAUGUGAAAAUCUGGGCGUUGUAAUAAUUAGUGAGAAUUUGAAUUGUAAUAAAAAUAAAAUGCGUAUAAAAAUA